AUGUCAGGAAAAAAGGUCCUACUUACAGGCGGCAGUGGAUUUGUUGGAUCCCAUUGCCUUGGCCUCCUCCUUCAGGAAGGGUAUGAGGUAGUUGCAACGGUGCGAUCUGAGAAAAAAGGACAGGAUAUUCUCGGGGCCUUCCCUACAGCCAAAUCUCAACUCUCAUACGCCAUUGUCGAGGACAUUGCUCGUGAGAAUGCCUUCGAUGAGGCUGUAAGAACCGCAAAGUUCGAUGCAGUGCUUCACGUAGCCAGCCCGUACCACUAUAAAGCAGUGGAUAUACAGAAGGAUCUUAUCGACCCUGCUGUCAACGGCACGUUGAAUAUCCUCAAGGCAGUCAGCGAAUACGCCCCAACAGUCAAGCGCGUAGUCAUCACAUCAUCCUUCUCCGCGGUAGUCAACAUGAAACACCCCGAGAAAACGUAUCGAGAGCAUCACUUCAACCCAAUCACUAGGGAGGAGGCAUAUGAGGAUGGCGUACAGGCUUACAGGGCUAGUAAGACAUUUGCCGAGCUCGCUGCUUGGGAAUUUAUGCAAGUCAAGAAGCCUGGAUUCUCUCUCACCACUAUGAAUCCACCUCUCAUUCUUGGACCACCGGCCCCGUGGCUCGUAUCCAUGGACUCGAUCAAUACUUCCAAUGAGCGUCUGAGAGACCUUUGUCAGGGAAAAUGGAAAGACGAAUUACCUCCAACAGCAUCGUGGUACUGGGUUGACGUUAGAGAUGUUGCUCGCGCUCACGUCCGAGCAUUGGAGAAGUUGGAUGCUGGAGGAAGGAGGUUCUUUUUGAUGCAAGGUAGAAUGAGUAAUGCUCAGAUCGCACAAGUGGCAGCAGAUGAAUAUCCGCAGCUCAAGGAUAAGAUCCCCGAGACUCUCGUGGACGAUACACCACCCGAUCUUUGGGAGGUUGACACAGCACCAUCGAGGAACAUUCUAGGCCUCGAGUAUCGGGAUUUGAGAACCUGCAUAGUUGACUGGCUGAAGCUUCUGAUAAAUUAA